GUUCUUAAGAACAAAGUCAGGCACAAGAAAGUCACUUUGCACAAAACUGACCUGACCAACACACGUGUCUUCAGAGACAAUUAUUGAUCGAUUAUCAACAAUAUCUAUAAUAUUUGUUCUUCAACCUUAACUGAGUUUUGAUACCAGAAGCAAUAAUGGACAGAAGAGUGAUCAGACCCAGCAGGGGCUUUCACAUGGCGGUUGCGGACGUGAGGAAGCAGGUGGAGAAUGAAAAACAAGAAAUGCAGGACAAGUUAAGGACCUCAGCAAAAUCAAAGGUCCUUAGCGAGAGGGAGUAUUGGACAAAUGAGAGACAGCAGCUGCUUGAUCAAAAUAAGGCCCUGCAGAAGAAGCUGUCCUUCUCCGAAAGAGACAACAAAAAGUUAAAAUCCAUCCUCCAGAAAGCUCAAGAGGAGAUUGACUUUCUUCGCCACCAGGUUUCUGAUCUGGAGAAAUCAUCUGAUGAAGAAAGAAUUGCCUGGUGGACAAAAUGUAACAAAGACCAUGUGAAGGCAGAAGAAGAGAUGAAAAAGAGGGAUGAGCAGAUCAAUGCUCUUCAUCAGAGCCUCCUGGCUCAGAAAGAGGAAAAUGAGAGGAUGAGAGCUUCUGUUGAUGACCUGAAAGUACUCAGUGAGCCAAAGGACACAGAAGAGUGGCAGAAGAAGAUCAGCCACUUUGAAAAGCUCAUCACUGAGAAAGACGCAGAGAUCACCAGGAUCACUAAAAAAAGACGGGCUCGCACAAAUCUGUACUUGGACACCUUGGGAGAACUGACUGACACCCAGAUAGCUCUGAAACAGGCUCAAAUGACUUGUCAGGCUCUUGAAGAAAAACUCAAAAAUGAACUGGCAGCGAGCGAAAACAGAUUCAGAAAGGAGCUUUUGAAGAGCGAAAAGAGCUUCAGAAAGGAACUCUCAGAGACACAGAUAGAACAUGGAAAGGAGCUGUUUAUGCUUAAUGACACUUGGGAGUGGAAAGCACGGCAGUGGGAAGAAGAAAAGGAAAAGCUGGAGAGGUCACAGUCGGUUACAAAAAGUAAAGUCUCUGCCUUCCCCUGUGAGUCAUCCCUGCUCCCGAAAUUACCUGCCUCCCUCAUGUGUUUCAGCCAGUUCGUCUUGUCUUGUCCAGCAUCCCAGCGUCUCUUUGUCUUGCAUUCUUGUUUUUAAAUAACUGAUCUUCGACUUAUAGCCUGUUUUUCUGACCACGAUUUUUGCCUCACGGAUUUCUACUGUCGCCUGUGUUUUCCUAGCUUGUCUAGUAAAACCUUUUUUAAACCAUUACUUUUGUCUCUGAGCCUGCAUUGCGAAUCUGUGAACCCCUUCUGAUAGCAUCUUAGGUCCCCUGUGUCAUAUAGUUAAAUUU